AUGCCUAUCACUAAGCAUAUUUGGGGAUGCUGUGAGGAUAAUAACGAUUCGGGUGACCAUCUUGAAUGUGUGGUAUGCACGAAAUCUUAUCAUUUGGAUUGCUUGUCUACCGAUGUAAACUUGAGAGAUUCGCCUGAUUGGGAGUGCCCAUUGUGCAUUACUCAGCGGCCAAAAAGCAACAACAAUGAUAACACCCCAGUGCGCUUUAAUCCUAAUGUCACAGUACGUGCUUCUAAGAGGCAGGCGCUGCAAUCACCCCCAUCAACAACACUAUCAGCCAGUGAUUUCCGAAACAUGUUUCAAGAGUACACACUAAAAAUAUCUUCUAAAAUCGAUUCACUGUCUACAUCUAUUGGCGCCGAACUUAAGUCAGUGAAGGAAGAGAUGUCGGAUAUGAGAAACUCUAUGGACUUCAUGAACGCUAAGUUUGAAUCACUGCUUAAAGAACAUGAAGAAACCAAGAAGGUCAUGGUCGAACUACAAAAAGAAAAUAGUGUGUUGCAGUCGAACGUUGGGGAUCUUAAUGCGCGUAUUAAUACCCUCGAACAAAACGCGCGAUCUGCCAACGUUGAAAUACAAUGUGUGCCCGAACGAAAAUCAGAAAAUUUAGUCCAUAUGGUGACUCAACUGGGUGCAGUGGUCGGGUGUGCUGUCUCGCAGGAACAAAUAGCACAUUGUAGUCGUAUCGCUAAAACAAAACCCAAUAGUUCGAGACCGAAAUCGGUUGUAGUUCAGUUCGCUAGCAGGAAAAUUCGCGAUGAGUUUCUAGCUGCGUCGAUAAACUUCAACCGUGGAAAGCCAAAAGAAGAAAAGCUCAACAGCUCACACCUUGGCUUCAAUGGCGAAAAAACUGCGAUAUACAUCGUUGACCAUCUGUCCCCCAUGAAUAAGACGCUACACGCUGCCGCCAGGUCGACUGCCAAAGAGAAGGGCUACAAACACGUAUGGGUCAGAAAUGGUCGUAUUUUUAUGAGAAAGACGGAUGGCUCCGAUUAUAUACUUGUACGCGAUUUAGACUCAUUGAAUAACCUUAAAUAG